GGGGGUUUGAAGGCGGGGCGCUACAAUGUGCGGUUCGGUCAGAAGUUGCUGAAGACGGACGCAUUAGACUUGCGGAUCGCCAGAGCUAAAUUGAAAUAGAGUGUCAGUCUACCUCCACAGAGACAGCGAUCAUGAGAGUCCUCCUACUGCUCUCCAUGCCAGUCCUCCUGCUAGCUCAGCCCCCCCUCUACCAAGAACCAUUUCCUUUCCUGGAGGACUAUGGCCCUGAUUAUUUCCCAGAUAAUCCUGACACGGAUGUCCAGCAGCAGAUUCUGUCACAGGUUCCCCAAACGUUCCCUGGUCCCGAACGUCCUGGUCUGUCUGAGCAAGAGACAGAGCCCACAGAACCUGGCCCCCUAGAUUGUCGAGAGGAGCAGUACCCCUGCACCAGACUCUACUCUGUUCACAAACCAUGCAAACAGUGUCUGAAUAGCCUCUGCUUCUACAGCUUGCGAAGGGUGUAUGUGGUCAACAAGGAGGUGUGUGUCAGGACCGUGUGUGCGCAUGAAGAGCUGCUAAGAGCUGACAUGUGCCGUGACCAGUUCUCUCGUUGUGGUGUAGCGGCGGUGAGUGGCCAGUGUGGGUCACUGGGGAGCAGCUGUGGGAAGAGCUGUGGAGGCUGUUGAGAACAUGGGACACAUCAGAGAACACCAGCCCAAAUACUGCCACAUCUCUAGGGUCCACAUCCCACCUCCUUCCCAUCCCAUUUUCUGUUUAAUCUUUGACUGUAUUCCACUUUGGUACCAAAGAACUCCCAUGUUUCUUCUCUUUUCAUCUCUCCUCCCUUUCAGAAUUCCAUACAUAAUGAGAAGUGGGAUCAGUAGAACGUGUGUAUGGAUAAAUAUAUAUUCUUUUAUACUCAACAGAACAUUGAAGACUGUAUAAUGUCACUGGUGCUAUAAAAUCACUACCACACUGGUGCUAAGGAAUGGAAAUCAGCAAUCAGAGGCACAUAAAAAAAGGCAACAUUUUUAUCUUGUUUUUUAUGCCUAAUUUUAUCCUAUAUUCUAAAUCAUUGUGUGAUGUUUGUUGUUGUUUACUAUACCUGUGUUGAAAAGCAGUCAUAGUAAUGAGGGGACAGCCAGAGUGACAGCUACUGCUUACUGACCUCAACAACAGAGGCAUUAGCAAAACUCAAUCAUCCAUAACCAUCCCACUGCCUUGGCACUGACUGGGUGGCAAGCAGCGAAAAUCAGACUUGAAGAGACGGGUGCUGACCCCUGACCUCUCGAGUGUUAUUGUGUAACAUGGUCGACGUGACUAGAGCUACAGUGGCUGGUGACCUUGCAGUGAGUGCAUAGGUUCACAUAUCAGUGGCAAGAAGUGCUUUGAAAUGCGGCUCACAAAUUGUUACUGUACUACUGCUUUGUAAAACCCUUUCACUAUACUGGAGAGAAAAAAAUACAUGUUUUUUACUACAACUUUA